CUUAACGACUCGUGCAAUCGAAAGAGAGAAAGAGAUAACCUCAACUGAGGCUUCUCACUUUCACAGUCACCACUCAGUGAGUGAUAGAGAAGAGAUAUUAGAUUCCACACACCACACCAAAAUGGCCAUUCACCAUGAAACUUGGGCUUUUGUUUUCGGCCUUCUAGGCAACGCCAUCUCCUUCAUGGUGUUCCUUGCUCCAUUACCAACAUUUUACCAAAUCUACAAGAAAAAAACUGCAGAAGGAUUUCAAUCACUGCCUUAUGUUGUUGCACUGUUUAGUUCAAUGCUCUGGAUUUAUUACGCAAUGGUGAAGAAGGAUGCUAGCCUCCUUCUUAUUACCAUUAACUCCUUUGGCUGUGUGAUUGAGUCAAUGUACCUUCUCAUCUUCCUAAUUUAUGCUCCAAGUAAAACCAGGCUUUCGACCAUCAAGCUUCUUCUCUUGUUGAAUGUUUUUGGGUUCGGAGCCAUGCUUCUUUCAACCCUCUACUUUACCACAGGAACCAAACGUCUUUCUGUGAUUGGAUGGAUUUGCCUUGUUUUUAACAUAAGUGUGUUUGCUGCUCCUCUCUGCAUUAUGAAACGUGUGAUAAAGACCAAGAGCGUGGAAUUCAUGCCUUUCAGUUUGUCCUUCUUUUUGACCGUAAAUGCUGUCAUGUGGUUCUUCUAUGGCCUUCUUCUCAAGGACUACUACAUCGCUCUCCCAAAUACGCUUGGAUUUGUGUUUGGGAUAAUUCAGAUGGUGCUGUAUUUGGUUUAUAGAAACGCAAAGCCAAAGACAUUGGAGGAGCCAACCAAGUUACAGGAACUAAAUGGCCAUAUUGUUGACGUGGUGAAGUUGGGCACAAUGACACCCUGAGAGCCGAAUCAUGUCACAAAAAGUGGUGCUGUGUGUGUACGUGUGAUGAACCAUGCAAUGAACAAGUCCAAAGAGAAGGAAAAGAAACUGAGGUCUCAUCUGAACGCAAGAACAACAGUACGUGUAGUUUGGUGUUUAGGGUUCUUCUUUUGUUAGGUGGUGAAUUAUGUUAGCUAGCAUAAACGUCUCUUUGGCCUCUUCUUCCAUCACUCUCACUGUAGUAAAAUGUGUUGUCUUCUUUCGGUGUGUACCUCACUCCAACUCCUCAAAUUCUCUCUUUCCUUUGUACGCGUCAUCUAUGUUCAUGUUAUGGGAAUUUAUUAUUUUACGGGUUAUGAAA